CAGGACGCCAUGGCACACGGGUUUACCGUGGGCUUUGACCCGCCGGGCCUGGGAGACCUCAGCUCCAGCUCUUUGAGCUCCCUCUCCUCCCGAGGCCACCUGGGCAGCGACUCAGGCUCCACUGCAACACGAUACCUGCUGAAGAAACAGCAGCGGCUGCUGAAUGGCCCCUCUCGUGGAAUCCGAGCCUCGUCGCCCAUGGGCCGAGUCAUUCUCAUCAACUCCCCCAUUGAAGCCAACAGUGAUGAAAGUGACAUUAUCCACGCUGUCCGGGUAGAGAAGAGCCCGGCAGGGAGGCUGGGAUUCAGUGUGCGUGGGGGCUCCGAGCAUGGCCUGGGCAUCUUUGUCAGCAAAGUGGAGGAGGGCAGCAGUGCAGAGAGAGCUGGCCUGUGUGUCGGGGACAAGAUCACGGAGGUGAACGGGCUAAGCCUGGAGAGUACGACCAUGGGCAGUGCAGUGAAGGUCCUGACAGGCAGCAGCCGUCUUCACAUGAUGGUGCGGCGCAUGGGCCGCGUGCCGGGCAUCAAGUUCUCCAAGGAGAAGACUACAUGGGUGGACGUGGUGAACCGGCGCCUGGUGGUGGAGAAGUGUGGUUCCACGCCAUCUGACAGCAGCUCUGAGGACGGCGUGAGGCGCAUUGUACACCUGUACACCACCUCAGACGACUUCUGCCUGGGCUUCAACAUCCGUGGUGGCAAGGAGUUUGGCCUGGGCAUCUACGUGUCCAAAGUGGACCAUGGCGGGCUGGCAGAGGAGAACGGCAUCAAGGUGGGGGACCAGGUGCUGGCAGCCAACGGUGUCAGAUUCGAUGACAUCAGCCACAGCCAAGCUGUGGAGGUGCUGAAGGGCCAAACGCACAUCAUGCUGACCAUCAAGGAGACCGGCCGAUAUCCUGCCUAUAAGGAGAUGGUUUCAGAGUACUGCUGGCUGGACCGACUGAGCAACGGUGUGUUGCAGCAGCUGUCCGCAGCCUCGGAGAGCAGCUCCAGCGUCUCCUCCUAUGCCUCCAGCGCCCCCUAUAGUCCAGGCUCCCUACCGUCAGACCACAUGGACGUCUGCCUGGGGCCGGAGGAUCCUAGCCCUGGCUGGGGGCGAGCAGACAUCGCCAUGCAGACGGAACCUGAGGCCGGGGGCUGCGUGGAGACCUGGUGCAGCGUGCGGCCCACGGUUAUCCUCAGAGACACAGCCAUCCGCUCCGACGGACCCCUGCCUGCCCGCCGCCUGGAUUCUGCCCUCUCAGAAUCCCCCAAGACAGCUCUGCUGCUGGCCCUCAGCCGGCCCCGGCCCCCCAUCACACGCUCCCAGAGCCACCUGACCUUAUGGGAGGAGAAGAAGCAGCGGAAGAAGGAGAAGCCAGGGGCCCCUGGGGAGAAGGGUGCCCUGCAGCGCUCCAAGACUCUGAUGAACCUCUUCUUCAAGGGCGGCCGGCAGGGGCGGCUGGCGGGGGAUGGGCAUAGGGAGGCCUGGACUUUGGACCGCAGCAGCCCAGCCAAGGCCCGACCACGUCUGGACCUGGACAAAGCAGGCAGCGUGGGCCCGGUGCAGAAGUUCGUCACCUGGAGGCUGAAGCGGGAGCGGGACAGGGGACGCGCCCUACUCUCUACCAGGUCCGGGAGCCCCUCUGGCCAGCUGCCCAAUGGAGAUGAGCUAGUACAGGCCUGGGAGAGCCGACGGCCCCUCAUUCAGGACCUGGCCCGGAGGCUGCUGACUGAUGAUGAAGUGCUGGCUGUCACUCGCCACUGCUCUCGGUACGUGCAUGAGGGCGGUGUGGAGGACCUGGUGAGGCCCCUGCUGGCCAUCCUGGACAGGCCCGAGAAACUGCUGCUGCUUCGGGACAUCAGGAGUGUGGUGGCACCUACAGACCUGGGUCACUUCGACAGCAUGGUGAUGCCCGUGGAGCUGGAAGCCUUUGAGGCCCUCCAGGGCCGGGCAGCGCGGCCUCCUCCUUUACGCCCGACCAGGCAGGACACACCGCCCAAGCGUCACCUCAUUACCCCUGUGCCUGACAGCCGUGGGGGCUUCUACUUGCUGCCUGUGAAUGGCUUCUCGGAGGACCCCGCCGACAGGGAGCUGAGGGACAGGCUGGGGAGUCUCAAGGUCUCUCAGGGUGCCUCUAUCCCCCGCCACCCUCAUGAGGGGAUACCCCCACUCCAAGACGUGCCAGUAGAUGCCUUUGCGCUUCACCACAGUGCCUGCACCCCUCCUCCCCAACCACCGCCCGUCGCUCCCCGACCUCCACGGCCCAACUGGCUGCUGACAGAACCCCCUAUCCAAGAGGACCCUCGGCCAAGCCAUGGCCAUGGCCAUGGCCUGGCCCAGAGCCGCAGCCGCAGUCGCAGUCGCAGUCGCAGCCGGGGUCCUGGCAAGUCCCCUGGGCGCAGGCGCUCCCCUUCCCCGGCACCCAUCCCUGCCCUCCAUGCCACCAGUGGAUGCUACCACAAACCUCGGCGGGCCAGGCCCCCUCUGCCCCGACCUCCCGAGGAGCAGGGAGCCAGGACAGGGACAGGCCCUGAGGACAAGGCUGGUGAGGCACCCCCGGACACUCCUAGAGGGGAGCUGAGGACCGUCACGCUGUCUAAGAUGAAGCAGUCCUUGGGCAUCAGCAUCUCAGGGGGCAUCGAGUCCAGGGUGCAGCCCAUGGUGAAGAUAGAGAAGAUCUUCCCUGGGGGCGCAGCCUUUCUCAGUGGGGCCCUGCAGGCUGGCUUUGAGCUUGUGGCUGUGGAUGGCGAGAGCCUGGAGCAAGUGACUCACCAGCGAGCAGUGGACACCAUCCGCAGGGCCUAUCGGAACAAAGCCCGUGAGCCCAUGGAGCUUGUGGUUAGGGUCCCUGGGCCUGGCCCACCCUCUUUAUCCUGUGACUCAUCAGCUGUCACUGGAGGUCACCUUCCUGUUGACCACUUCUCUACUCCCCUACCCCCUGAUGCUACUCAGGUUUCUGGUCCCAGCCUUCCUGAGCCACCCCUACCAAGCCCAUGA